AUGAAUAUCGACGAUCUAUUCAAGAUGCCAGCCAUCCCAACUGGCCGUAACAAACGAAAAAUGCCUGCUACACCCGAUAUGCAGUUCUUUGACAAGUACAAGGAGGCAUCCACAUUGCCUGGCGAGCAAACUGGAGACAACUCUGCUGAAGAGCCCUCGUCUAAGAGAAGAAACAUGGGAGGGGAUUAUGACGAUGAUGAAGACGCACCCUACACAGCUGAACGGUACCAAGACGAAGACACUGAAUUAGAUGAUGAGGAAGGCCGAUUUUUUGGCGGCGGAUUGACAAGCGAGCAGAGCAAUAUUCUUGAUCUAGUGGACGAGUACGAUGUAGAUGAGACUGAAGCAUUAACAGCAGCCAAUGUCAAAAAGAUGAUUCUCAAGUUUGAAAAGGCCAUCAACAAAAACCAAGAGAUGCGCGUGCGCUAUGCGGAUCAACCAGAAAAGUUCAUGGAAUCAGAGGCAGACUUGGACGAGGAGAUCAAGAAUCUAUUAACAUUGACUGAAGCGCCUCACAUGUACCCAGAAUUCGUGAAUCUUGGCAGUGUUGCUUCACUUAUGUCACUGUUGAGUCAUGAAAACACAGACAUUGCCAUCGACACGAUUGAUCUCAUUAACGAAUUGACAGAUGAAGAUGUGGGUGUCGGCUCAUCUGAAGAGGAGUUGGAGAGAUCUGAACAAGUGCAGUCUUGCAUCAAAGCCUUUGUGGAUGCCAUGCUGGAAAAUGAACUUUUGCAGCUACUGGUGCAAAACUUGGGUAGAUUGAACGAACAGGAAGAAUCAGAUCGUCAAGGCGUCUUCAAGAUCCUAGGUAUCUUUGAAAACAUCAUCUCAUUAGAACCAAAGUAUGCGGAAGACAUUGCGCUAAAGACUGACAUCUUGCCUUGGUUACUCAAAAGACUGCAAGUCAAGGGGUUUGAUGCCAACAUUGGGUACGCUAGUGAAAUACUCUCCAUUCUUUUGCAGGACAACAGAGAUAUUCGUUUGAAGGUGGGCGAAUUGGAUGGUGUGGAUAUUCUUUUAAGGGCACUGUCUGCAUACAGACGCAAAGACGCUGCUUCUGAAGACGAGACAGAAAUGGUAGAGAACUUUUUCAAUGCCAUCUGCUCACUGCUGAAUGAACAAGAAAAUAAGCAACGCUUCUUGGAGUCAGAGGGUAUUGAGUUGAUGGUGAUUAUGCUCAAAGAAAAGACAUUGGCUCGUAUCAGAGCUGUCAAGGUGUUAAAUUACGCUUUGAGUGGAGAAGAAGGCGGCAGAGACAGAUGUAUUCGAUUUGUGGAUGCUUCUGGCCUCAAAGCCUUGUUUCCUCUCUUUAUGGGCAAAGGUAACAAGAAGCUCAAGAAAUCACAUCAUUCUGCCUUCAACGAAUCUGAAGACGAAGAACACAUUUCAUGUAUCAUUUUAUCGCUUUUAAGACAUCUCACUCAAGAAGACGUACAGCGCAUGCGAUUAUUGCUCAAAUUCACCGAGGACGACUAUGAAAAGGUGGACCGUCUUGUCGAGAUGAAGGAACAAUACGAGAACAGGGACGAAGCUGUCAAGAAGGAGCUUGAAGAUGCCAGAGGUGUGCUGGAUGAAGAGGAUUUCGAGGAUUUUGAAGCUGAUUUCUACGUUCGACGACUGGAUGCUGGUUUGUUCACAUUGCAGCGCGUGUGUCUACUGAUUGCUUCAUUAAGCGAGGAAAACAAGGGCGUGCGUGAAAAAGCAAGCAUGUUGCUAAAGAGAAAGGGGCAAGACAUGCUGAGUGUGUUUAAAAUCAUUGAGGAAGAAACUGCUCUCAUGGCUGAUUUUAUCUCAUUGAGACGCAUUGCUAGAGGCGAGAUCAAGGCCGAAUCUAGUACUACUACUUCUACCACAAAAGAAGAAUAA